GAGAGAGAGUCGCCAUGUUUCUCCUCAUCAUUCCUGACACACACCACACAGUCAGUAACGGCGGGCACCUUCAUCAUCCUCCUCCUCGUCAUCUUCACCCCAUCAUCAUCAUCAUCAUCUGACGGACUUCAUCCCGCGGGCAGGACUUACUUUUCGAGGAAAUAUUGAUGGGAAUAAGACUAUGGAAAACUAAUCUGUGCCAUUGGGGAACUUCGCUAAACUCACUUUUUGCGGACGUAAACAUAUUUUAUUAAUCUUUUCCACGCACGUAAUUCCUAAAUAUCACAUUUGGGGGCGUGUCAUGUUAUUCCUGUUUGUUUUGAGGAAAAUUCUCUUUGAGGUCGAGCUAAAAUCUGUUAGCUUGCUAGCCAAACGUCUUUAUUAGCCGGAUCAUUAGCAUCAGUUAUUUUAACCCGUUAAAGUUGAACAAACUGGAGAUGUUUUACAGUCUCAUCUCAUGGUUUGACACUAAUACUUGUUGAUAUUACUACACGAUUCUUUGUGUUUAUGUGAGAGAAAACCAGUUAAGAUGCAUUGUGUCGCGGGAAUGUUGUUAGCUCGUUAGCUUGAGUAAAGUUAGCUAACAGGAAAGGCACUUAAAUAUAUGUAAUUAAUAUUUAUAAAACGCAAGAGACAAAUUGCAGUUUUACAUAAACGUGGAUAGUCUUUUUGGAUAAAUGUCUUGAGUAGUUAUUUUUUUCUCUCUUAUUUGGAGGUUUGUUGAUCUUCAACUGAGUGCGUUAAAAGAUGUAACGUUAGAGGAAAGUUUUAUUUGGUAUGAAAUUAAAAUUAUUUUUGAGUUUACUGCAGUUUUGUGACUGCAUUUUACUGUGAUAAUGGGUGGAUUAUAUUUAUAGCCAUUUACAGAUCCCCUCCAAAGAGUGUUCGUGUAUUUGCAUUGAUUUUAAUAACAUUACACUGCGUUUUUUGGACUGACAUUCGUUUUGCACCAUGUCUGGAGAAGUGCGUUUGAAAAAGCUGGAAAAACUGAUUCUGGAUGGUCCUGUCCAGUCCAAUGGACAGUGUUUUAGUGUGGAAACUCUUCUGGAUGUUCUCAUCAGCCUUUAUGAUGAGUGCAUCAACUCCCCACUCAGAAGAGAGAAGAACAUUGCUGAGUUUUUGGAAUGGGCCAAACCAUUCACCUCUAAAGUGAAACAGAUGCGACUGCACAAAGAGGACUUUGAGAUCCUGAAGGUCAUUGGUCGAGGAGCUUUUGGCGAGGUAGCAGUUGUAAAGGUGAAAAGUUCAGACAAGGUGUUUGCCAUGAAGAUCCUCAACAAGUGGGAGAUGCUGAAAAGAGCAGAGACAGCUUGUUUCCGGGAGGAGCGGGAUGUGCUGGUGAACGGGGACUGUCAGUGGAUCACCAGACUGCACUAUGCCUUUCAGGAUGACAACUUCCUGUACCUGGUGAUGGACUACUACGUGGGUGGUGACCUCUUGACUCUUCUCAGCAAGUUUGAGGACCGUUUGCCAGAGGACAUGGCCAGAUUCUACCUGGCUGAGAUGGUUCUGGCGAUAGAUUCUGUGCAUCAGCUCCACUAUGUCCACAGAGACAUCAAGCCAGAUAACAUUCUGCUGGAUGUGAAUGGACACAUUCGGCUCGCAGAUUUUGGCUCCUGUCUUAAACUCACGGAGGAUGGAACGAUAGCUCGGCAGGAUAUCCCCCCAACUUCUGACAAGAGCAGCGUGCAGUCAUCCGUCGCUGUGGGCACUCCAGACUACAUCUCUCCUGAGAUCCUGCAGGCCAUGGAGGACGGGAAAGGGAAAUAUGGGCCGGAAUGUGACUGGUGGUCACUGGGCGUCUGCAUGUAUGAGAUGCUGUACGGAGAAACUCCUUUCUAUGCAGAAUCCCUGGUGGAAACGUAUGGCAAGAUUAUGAACCACAAGGAACGGUUCCAGUUCCCUGCUCAUGUGACGGACGUCUCUGAAAAUGCCAAAGACCUGAUCCGCAGACUCAUCUGCUGCAGAGAGCACAGGCUGGGACAGAACGGCAUCGAGGACUUCAAGCAGCACCCCUUCUUUUCCGGCAUCGACUGGCAAAACAUCCGCAACUGUGACGCCCCAUACAUCCCUGAAGUCAGCAGCCCAUCUGACACCUCAAACUUUGACGUGGAUGACGACUGCCUCAAGAACACGGAGACAAUGCCGCCUCCUUCCCACACUGCCUUCUCAGGACACCAUCUCCCAUUUGUAGGAUUUACUUACACCAGCAGCUGUACUCUGUCAGACCGCGGUUGCCUGCGGGAGUCUGCGGCACCUGCACAAAUGGAUGUGUCUGUGCAGCGCGGCCUGGAGGACAGUCUGGCUACUGAGGCCUACGAACGGAGGAUCCGCCGUCUGGAGCAGGAGAAGCUCGAGCUCAGUCGCAAACUA